CUUGCACCUGCGCAGUUGGUGUUAUUGUGACUGUCGAGCCGUGGCCCCGGAUGUUGUGGCUGCCGGGGGGAGAUGGCGGAGGCUGAGGGGGUGGCCGUGGCCCCAGGCCCAGCUUCGGGGCAGACUUUCAGGGGCCGCCGCAGUAUGUCAGGCUCCUGGGAGCGUGACCAGCAGGUUGAGGCGGCGCAGCGGGCCCUGGUGGAGGUGCUGGGGCCUUACGAGCCUCUGCUGAGCCGGGUGCAGGCAGCCCUGGUGUGGGAGCGGCCAGCCAGGAGCGCCCUGUGGUGCCUGGGGCUGAACGCGGCUUUCUGGUUCUUUGCCCUGACAUCCCUUCGUCUUGUGUUUUUACUUGCAUUCAGCUCAAUGAUCAUUGUGUGUAUAGAUCAAUGGAAGAGCAAAAUCUGGCCUGAAAUAAAAGUGCCAAGACCCGACGCAUUAGACAAUGAGAGCUGGGGCUUUGUGCACCCUCGGUUGCUCAGCGUGCCCGAGCUCUGCUACCACGUAGCUGAAGUCUGGGUUAGUGGGACCAUUUUCAUAAGGAACCUUUUGCUUUUCAAAAAGCAAAACCCAGGCAAGUUCUGCUUGCUGAGCUGUGGGAUACUGACCUUUUUGGCUGUCUUGGGCCGCUACAUCCCUGGGCUCCUGCUCUCCUACUUAAUUCUUGUCACUGUCAUGAUGUGGCCCCUUGCUGUGUACCACCGACUGUGGGAUCGAGUGUAUGUACGACUGAAGCCAGCUCUGCAGCGGCUGGACUUCAGUGUCCGUGGCUACAUGAUGUCCAAGCAGAGAGAGAGACAAUUGCGCCGCAGAGGUCUACACACAGAACGCGCUGGGGACAACCACAGUGACAGUGAAGAGGAACUUGCUGCCUUCUGUCCUCAGCUGGAUGAUUCUACUGUUGCCAGGGAAUUGGCCAUCACAGACUCUGAGCACUCGGAUGCUGAGGUCUCCUGUACAGACAACGGCACAUUCAAUCUUUCACGGGGCCAGACACCUCUAACAGAAGGCUCUGAAGACCUAGAUGGUCACAGUGAUCCAGAGGAAUCCUUUGCCAGAGACCUUCCAGACUUUCCUUCCAUUAACGUGGAUCCUGCUGGCCUGGAUGAUGAGGACGAUACCAGCAUCGGGAUGCCCAGCUCGAUGUACCGUUCCCCACCAGGGGCCGAGGAGCCUCAGGGCCCCCCUGCCAGCCGGGACGAGGCUGCACUGCCGGAGCUUUUGCUUGGCGCCCUGCCUGCAGGAUCCAACCUCACCAGCAACCUUGCUAGCCUGGUCUCCCAGGGCAUGAUCCAGCUGGCCCUGUCAGGGGCCUCCCAGCCAGGCCCUGCUGGCCUACCUCCCCGGAGAGCCACAAGAGGUGUCCUCCGGGCCCCCAGUUCAGACCUGGACACUGAUGCUGAGGGGGAUGACUUUGAACUUCUGGACCAGUCGGAGCUGAAUCAGCUGGACCCUGCCAGUUCCAGGAGCCACUGAGGCAGAGACUCCCCUUGGGGGUCAUUGUGGUUUAGGUUUUUUUUUGCUCCCCAUUCCACUUAAGGUGAAGGGGCAAGGGAAGAACCCAGGUCCCAGCCCCCGAGUUAUAUAUGUAUGCUCAGUAGCCUGGCAGAUGCGCAGAGGCCUGAUGAGAGAGGACACUCACUCCUCUGCCACCAGCUGGACACUGACUUCUGAGCUCAAGUCACUGAAGUGAGAAUGUGCUCCCCUGAGGGACACUUCUCUCCAUCAGGAUGGUGGUAUUUCUGGGGAACAAAGUAGUCAGGGGUAUUGGUUCCCUUUUGAGGGGAUGCUGCUGUGUGCUUCUAAGUAUGGGUGCUCAGAAGCCCUCAGUGAUAGAUCCCUUCCUUCCUUCCUCCCUUUAUCAUCUCCCGAGAGCUCCAAGUCAGGCAGCUGGGAGAGUUACACUGUCAUCUUCCUCUUUUGCUAAGCCAUGCUUUGAUUUGCCUUUUUCUAAGCAAGCUUGUCCUUUGGUUCUGCAGAGCAGGCCUGUUCCCUCUGCCCCAGCCCAUCCUCAUUUCUCGAGGCAUAACCUCCAGUGCUCCAAAAUAUUGCUUGUGAAAUUUAAGAAUGUGAACAUGAGGUGGGGGUGGGCCUCUUCUACAUUACUUUGGGCCAUGGGGUCAGCUGGCUGGGAGGGUGAGUGCCUCUAUAUCUCAUGGUCUCACUGAAUGUUUUGGAGCUGCCUGGUUAUUUUUGGUGCUGCUAACCCCUGGCUCCAUUUGCCCAUCAGCCUGAGCAGUGAGCAAAGCAAUACCAUGCCAUACCCAUUUCCAUGUUCCUGUUCCUUCCCCUGCUCCUCCUCUGGAGAAGCAAUAAUCCCACAUGGGCAAUGUCAGAGUAGCACUUUACAGAUGGCUCAGUGGCAUUCAUCCCAGGAGCCACCAGCUCUUCUUGCACCAGCUAUUCUUACUCCUUGUUCAGCUCCUUUAAUAAUUUUGUUUUCAACUCCUUCCCAGUUUGGCAGGGCUUCUUUUAAGGAUGAGCCCAGUUAGCAAGAAUGUGUCUAUAAUCAGCAGAAGAGACCCCAGUAAAGGGUAUCUGUUCUACUGCCCCUAAUAAAAU